AUGCGACCAAGAUGGUGUCUACUGGUGGUUGUUUCCUUUUCUGCUCAACAAAUUUUAAAUGUAUGUGAAGAUCCACGCUUACGUGAACAAGAAUGGGGUAAUUUUAUGGAUCCAUCGAUACGUGAACAAGAAUUAAUUGAGCGAAACGAAGUUGGCCAUUUUUUUUAUCGUUUUCGUAAUGGUGAAAGUGGUGCUGAUGUUUAUGAUCGCUGUACACUAUUUUUAGAUACGCUUUUUAGAAAAUUGAAUACUGGUUAUUUUCUAUCUGAUAAUAUUCUUAUUGUUAGUCAUGGUCUAUUUAUGAGUCUAUUUUGUAUGAGAUAUUUCCGUUUGACUGCAGAAAAACAUCGUCGAUUAAAAGAUUUUGAUAAUUGUGAGUAUUGUAUUUUAGAACGUAAUAGAAAAACUGGUUCAUAUGAAUUAAAAACACAAAUAAUAGAAUAA